GGGGGGGGGCGGUUGGGGAUGUGCGCAAAGAGUAAAUUACUGGAGUAAAGUUUUUCUCUCAGUGUGUGCGUGUGCGUGCGAGAAGCAGGCAGGUCCACGUGGUGAGGGGUGUGCCAUUAAUAAAUAAUUAGACAGGGGUCACGCAGCCACUUGUAUAAAAGAGAUCGUCGGCGCCAGUUUGGAGCAGAGUGCCGCAGAAGCAGCACCUUCUCCCCUCUUCAGCUUCUUCUGUUUUUUUGCAUUUCGCUCUUAUUUGCGCAAAACAUGGGCUCCGUGUUGCCCAGCGACUCUUUGGCCCUCAAGUCUGGAUUUAAGUGUCCGAGCCGCGCGCUGUCGGACGUGAUCACGUCGGACAUUCUGCACAGUUUCCUGUACGGCAGGUGGAGGAACGUUCUGGGCGAACACCUGGCGGAGGAGCGCAGCCCCAAAACCGCGUUCACCGCGGAGGUCCUGGCGCAGUCGUUCGCCGGAGAGGUGCAGAAGCUGUCCAGUCUGGUGCUGCCCAGUGAGGUGAUCAUCGCGCAAAGUUCAAUACCAGGUGAGGGGCUGGGCAUCUUCUCAAAGACCUGGAUCAAGGCCGGCACCGAAAUGGGCCCCUUCACUGGGAGAGUCCUGACUCCCGAACACGUGGACCUGCUGAAGAACAACAACCUCAUGUGGGAGGUGUUCAACGAGGACGGCACCGUGCGCUGCUUCAUCGACGCCAGCCAGGAGGACCAGCGCAGCUGGAUGACCUACAUAAAGUGCGCCCGCAACGAGCAGGAGCAGAACCUGGAGGUGGUGCAGAUCGGCACCAGCAUCUUCUACAAGGCAGUGGAGACCAUCCCACCAGAUCAGGAACUUCUUGUCUGGUACGGAAACAGUCACAACACAUUCCUGGGAAUCCCCGGUGUUCCAAGUACUGAUGAUGAGCACCAGAAGAAAAGUAGGAAUGCAGACGACUCCCACGCCUGUGACGGCUCUUCCACGUGCUCUCCAUCUUCCUCCUCCACCUCUGCCGGUCGUAUGAGGUGCGUCAUUUGCCACCGGGGCUUCAACUCACGCAGCAACCUGCGCUCCCACAUGCGCAUCCACACUUUGGACAAACCCUUCGUCUGCCGUUUCUGUAACCGCCGCUUCAGCCAAUCAUCCACGCUUCGUAAUCACGUGCGUUUGCACACUGGCGAGCGCCCCUACAAGUGCCACGUGUGCCAGAGUGCCUACUCCCAGCUGGCAGGCCUGAGGGCGCACCAGAAGAGCGCCAGGCACAAACCGGUGAUGCCAGUCAGUGACGGUGCAUCCCAGGUUUCCACUCCUCCCCAACAAGUGACCGCUGUCCCCCAACAGCACCAGCUGCCCCUGGUACACCGCAUCCCCACCAUGGUCCUAUGAUGAGCGCGAGGCAAGGCACGUUUUGCACUUUAGAUUACAAGUGAAGGGAGCUCUAUAAUGAGGGAAGCUCCAAAUAAAUGGAUUAUAAAGCAGCUUGCAAAGACAUUUCAGUGUGUUGCCUUAUUUGUAUACACAUUCCCCCUGUGUUGUUUGGCUGCUAUGUGUUCACACUUCCAGCAGAGAGAUGUUUUAAUGAUAAAAACAUACAAAAAUAAAAACAAAAUUCUCCAUUACAAAGCUUUUGUAAUGGAGAAUUUGUAAUAUUGCCCUGUGCAAUCUUUAGAUUUGAAUGAGUAUCAUAUAUUCAUUCUGCAGGGUAAAGCAAAUGUAAAACA